AAUGACGGAGGUCCCCAGAGCACGAAUAAGUGAGCCCAAGCUUUUGAAGAAGCUAGUGAAAUUUCAAGCGGAAAAUGAACAAUUUGUGGAGUUGGAGGCGGUUUAUGAGGACUCUAUCACUUCCGGCUCCCCGUUCGGUACUGUAGUUGCUUUCCACGGCUCCCCUGGGUCUCACAACGAUUUCAAGUACAUUCGGAGCAAGCUGGAUGAUCUGAAUAUUCGAUUUAUUGGAGUCAAUUAUCCGGGAUUUUCAAAUACGCCUGAAUAUGAAGGUCAACAACACGCAAAUCCGGAACGCCAAAACUUCUCCAACGCUUUGCUAGAUGAGCUGAAAAUCGACGGAAAAAUUAUCUACAUGGGACACAGUCGUGGAUGCGAGAAUGCUCUGCAAACAGCCGUCGGACGUGAAGCUCACGGUCUUGUGCUCAUAAAUCCGACCGGGUUCAGACAUCAUCAGGGCAUUAGGCCAUUUUAUAGGCUGGAGUAUUUGGACUGGAUGUAUGGGCUUUUGCCAAGUUUUUUGGGAAAUUCGAUGAUUUUAGGAAUCUACAAAGCUAUCGGCUUCAAAGUGAAAUCUGGAGAGGAGGCCAUGUGCGCAAUGCGGUCCGUGAUGAGGAUGUCGCUGGAAGAUCAAAUUGAGUACAUUGAGAAGUUGAAUCAGAAGCAUACCAAAAAACUAAUCGUCUUCGGCGGAAACGACCACUUGGUAGAAGAAGAAAUUGUCCUAGAGAAAUUGGAGAAACAUGACGGUUUGGAGCAUUUUAGAUUUGAAGAUGGAAUUUCUGAAGAGGAAAAGUCAAAAAUUAUGGAAUGUUUUACGGGAAAUCAACUUGGUGCAUCAGUUUUCGUGGCGAAGGACACCCAUUUUCAGAAUAAAUCACAGGCAGAGCUGGUCGCUGAGUCCUGCAAGAAAAUGUUGGAUGCAUAAUUUUUUCGAACGUUUACUGGACUUUUACAAGCAUAAAUUAAUUUUUCCUA